AUGGAAACCAUUAAUGCAUUUCGAUUUUAUAUUAAAGAUCUAUCUAAACAACUUGAAGAGCUAUGCAAAUUACAAAAACGAGAUCGAGCGGACGAGUCAUUAAAAGUAUAUCGUGGGUAUGCCAACAUGACCACACUCGAACUAGAUCAAAUACGACAAAAUAUUGGUGGAUUAAUAUCAUUCAACGGGUUCACAUCGACCACAAAGGAUUAUGAAAUUGCGUUAGGGUUUGCCAUAUCUAAACCAACACACGAAUCAGUAAUCUUCCAAAUUCUCGCCAAUUAUAAUUUGAACAAUGUCAUAUUCGCUGAUAUUACACAAUAUUCUGAGUUUCAUGAAAAUGAAAUUUUAUUUGGUCUCUGUUCAGUAUUUCGAAUUACUAAUUGUGUUCGUAACGAAAAUAAUCAAAUGUCCAUAAUUGAAAUGACUGCAACAGAUGAAGAUGUACAGAACUUUGAAAACUUCGUUCAGAAGAAAGCUGAAGCAGUAAUCAUCGAAAGAAAUACUCAUCUGUUACGUUGCAUCAAUUCAUGUAGCAGACGGCGAUCUAUUAUUCUAGGGUCCACUAUUAUCUGUCUAUUUAUAAUAAGCAUCGCUGCUGUGAUUCUUAGUCGUUAUAUGGUAUCAAAACAUCAGAUAUCGAAUUUCUAUAAUUGUGAAGGCGCAAAUUGUACGACAUCGAGCACAACUAUAGUAUUUCUAAAUAUUGAUAAAUUUUCGACAAUUUCUGUCAAAUUCAACGAUGUUACAAAUGCAUUUGUUUCCUUAGAUACAUCAACUGUCACGCAUGAGAUUGCUUCAAUAAAUACUGUGACGACAGAACUAAUGGCAACAGCAUCUACAUCAGCCGCAAAGUCUGCAUCACCGAAGACCCCAUCUCAGUCAACAGCACCAUUAUCAGAAUGGUAUAAUACUAGCAAUAUGAAUAAUCAACGAACUUCUCACACAGCAUCUGUAUUAGCAAAUGGACACGUAUUAGUUGCUGGUGGAGAUUAUUAUGGAGUCAUGAAUGAUAGUGAGUUGUAUGAUCCAGUAGCAGGAACUUGGACAACUACUGGUAGCAUGACUAAUGCACGGAAUGUUCACGCAGCAUCUGUAUUAUCAAAUGGAAAAGUAUUAGUCACUGGUGGGUAUCGUCGUAGUAAUAAUGAUCUUAUUGAGUUGAAUAGUGCUGAAUUAUAUAAUCCAUCAACAAAAACUUGGGCAACUACCAGUAAUAUGCAUUUUACACGAGCGGGGCACAGAUCAUCUGUAUUAAAAAAUGGAAAAGUAUUGGUUACUGGUGCACCUAUGUAUAGGCAUGGUUAUAGUCUCAAUUUGAAUAUUUCUGAAUUAUAUGAUCCAUCAACGGAAAUUUGGACAAUUCCUGAUAAUACGGGCAAUGAACAGAUGCGAAUGUCACACACAGCAACCGUAUUAACAGAUGGACAAGUGUUAGUUGCCGGUGGAUUCAAUCUUGCUGAUGGUAUAACAAGUACUGUGUUGUAUGAUCCCUCAAGCGACAGUUGGACACCUACUGGUAGCUUGACUAAUGGACGAUAUUGGCACACAGCAUCUAUAUUAAAAAAUGGAAAAGUGUUAGUUACUGGUGGAAUGAAUCAUAUUGCGCUGAACACAACGGAGUUGUACGAUCCAUCUACAAAACGUUGGAAAACUACUGGUAGCUUGAAUAAUGCACGAUAUCAACACACAGCAUCUAUAUUAAAAAAUGGCACAGUAUUAGUCACUGGUGGAUCUCAUUCUGGUAAUAAUACUAUUAUUGUCUUGAAUAGUACUGAAUUAUAUGAUCCAUCAACAGAAACUUGGACAAUGGUGGCUCAUAUGAAUACAAAACGAAUUGGUCAUACAGCAUCCGUAUUAUUAAACGAAAAAGUUUUAGUGUGUGGUGGUUCCAGCUACGAGGCUCCUUUUUAUCCAAUAUAUGGAGAAUUAUAUGAAAUACCAUAA